CUGAAUGUGAUCAACAUGAGCGUUGCAAACACGUGCGGAUAGCGCCAGUAGCAGCUGUCGGCACGCCAAAACGUCUCGUGUGCGUGGGUUCUCACGACAAAACUCCGUAUCUAUACAAGCCUCAAGUGGGCAAGUUUGAUGCAAAAUAUGCUGCACUGAGCCAUUGUUGAGGAAAGAAGCAACCACUGCGAAGUCUCCGUUCAAAUAUAGCGACGAUGAGACAGCAAAUCGACUGGACAUUGAUACCAACGACGUUCCGAGAUGCUAUCUUCUUUACAAGAAGCUUGGGAAUAAGCUACGUCUAGAUCGACUCGCUAUGCAUUGUGCAGGAUGAUCUCAACGACUGGGCCGAAGAAUCUCCCAAGAUGUCAUACAUAUAUGCUACCGCUUAUCUUACUAUUGCGGCCUCCGCUGCCAACCACAGUUCAAUUAGAUUCUUAAUUCCACGUCGAUAUCCUACAUUGUCCCUCACUCUACGAUUGCCAAGGAGUUCCAGAGAUCAUGUCAUACAUAUCAGACGGCGAUUGCUGAGUGGGGAAAAUCUUAGACCUUUAGACACACGUGGUUGGGCUUUCCAAGAACGCAUUUUAUCGCGAAAUACUGUACGCUUUUCGAAUCGCGAAAUCGAAUGGGAGUGUCGCAGUCAGAGUACUUGCGAGUGCGGUACCUCAUAUCGUUCAACUUCGCAGUACACACAGUUCACCGAAGAGAAUGUGUAUUCGUGGUGGCAUUUAGUAAUAGUCACACACUUCUCAUUCCUAGACCUUACGCAGGAGAUGGAUAUCUUACCGGCUCUAUCUGGCAUUGCAUCGUCCAUGAAGAAUCAAACUGGGGAUGACUAUCUGGCGAGAAUCUGGAAAAAGGAUCUCAUACCAGGACUGCUCUGGUGUUACGAACCACGAACGUCCGCCUCGCUCUUCACACUUUCGGGGGCUGAGUUACCGUCGAGCUACCGAGCACCUUCUUGGUCAUGGGCAUCCGCGACAGCACAGGUUGCAUAUAUAUUCUACCGCACGCAGUUCGAAUUGCAUGUCGAGGUCCUCGGUGCCCAUGCGUCACAUCAACAGCAGAUUCCACGGGACGUGUGAGCAGUGGGUUCAUCGAUAUCAGAGGCCCCUUGCUUCCAGUGUUGCUGAGUGAUUGCGAUAGCCUCCAGAGGGGAU